CAUGCGGUUUGAUUAAAGAAGGAAAAGCAGAAAGAAAUCAGCUGAUGAUAAAAAGGACAUGAACCCGUUCCUGGAAAGGAGAGUAGAGUAGAGGACGAUUUCGGUCUCUCAUCUGAACCCCUUCCCGGUGUUCUGGGGGUCCGGUUCUCGGCUCAGCUGCUCCGCUCUUUGUCAGCCGGUUCACACACACAGAGACCCGGGCGGGUUUGUGUCUCUGAAUGAAGCCGCUGUACCGGAGAGACACUCGUUGGUUUUAACACUAUAAUGAGCCGGUAGUGUUUUAUUCUCUCGAGUUUUCUGUGGAAUAUGUGCUGUUAGGAUUUAUUUCCUGUUGGAUUUUUAUCACCUUUUGUUUGGAGGAAGAAGCGGCUGAUGCUGCAGUUCAUAUAGUGAAGUCACACUGACGGAGGAAUCACCAGAUCAGGUCUUAAUCGUUUUUAUUAGCCUAAAUCUUCUUCACAGGACCGUGGGAAUGUGGAAACAUCGCUGAUGGAAUUAUUUCACCUUCGCAGGAUGGAUGUUUAAAUUAUUCGGAAUCUUAUUCGGUUAUUUAUCAUAGUUGGCUCUGGGGAACGGCUUUGGGUUUCCUCAGUCUUUUGUGUGCAGUUGAUCUGUCAGUCCCGGAUUCUGUUGGACUGCUCCGGUCCCGUCCCGCUGUGUCCUGGGCUGAGCAGCACCAUGCCGGAGUGCGUCUCGGUGCCCGAGUUCUUGCAGGAGGUUCUGGAUGACUGGAGCUCCCCCACCACCUCCUCUUUCACCUCCAAGAUGAUCAGCUGCAGGAACACUGUCUACCUGCUGGAGGAGGUUCUGGACAGUGACCGGUUGGUGUUGCAGAAGAUGAAGAAAGCAGCUAAAGCCAAAUACACAUCAGGACAAGACCACGUGUCUCACCUGGAGCAGUACAUUCAUUCGAUGGAGAGGCUGUCUGUCAACUGUCACUCUAAUGGAGAGACGGAGGUUGGCUCUGCCUUCUGCCGACUGGCGGACUUUUCUAAAGAGCUCCUCUCUCCCAUGAAGAACCUGUUAAAGAGCAUGCUCCACAACAUCAACUUCUUCCUGGACUCUCUGGUUAAAGGAGACCUGAGGGAGGUGAAGGGGGAUCUGAAGAAGCCUUUUGACAGAGCAUGGAGGGACUAUGAGAGCAGAUUCAAGCAGGUGGAGAAGGAGAAGAGGGAGUUAGCUCGUCAGUAUGGGAUGGUGAGGACCGAGGUGAGUGGAGGAGAAAUUGCAGAGGAGCUCGAAAAGGAGAGACGCUCCUUCCAACUGAGCAUGUGUGAGUAUCUGAUCAAAGUCAACGAGAUAAAGACGAAGAGAGGAGUCGACCUGCUGCAGAACCUCAUCAAACACUACCACAGUCACAACAAUUUCCUGCAGGAGUGUGUUUCCACCACUCAAAGGUUGAAGCAGUACAUGGAGGAGCUGAAUGGAGUCCUGACGACGGUGAAGCAGCGCCAGGAGGAGGAGAAAAGACAGCUUGUGUCUCUUAGAGAUCAGCUGAGGCCGGUUGUCCACACAGACCAGGACUCUUUACCUAAGCAGGUGUACAGUAUGCAUCAGCUGCUGGGAGACAAACAGUACGGGACAGAAAGAACAGGAUUCCUCUACAAGAAGAGUGACGGGUUGAGGAAAAUGUGGCAGAAGAGGAAAUGUUCAGUUCACAACUGUUACCUCACCAUCGCUCACGCUACUCCUAAUAAACCUCCGACCAAACUCAACCUGCUCACCUGUCAGGUUAAACCCAGUGUGGAGGACAAGAAAUGCUUUGACCUCAUAUCUCAUAAUCGGACCUACCACUUCCUGGCUGAGGAUGAAGCUGAGUGUGUGGCAUGGAUCUCGGUGCUCAGUAACAGUAAGCAGGAGGCUCUGAGCGCUGCUCUGGAUGGCGGGAGGAGAGGGGGAGGAGGUGGGGAGAGCAGUGUGGAGGAUCUGACCCGGGCCAUCACUGAUGACAUCAGACGGAUGCCAGGAAACAACAACUGCUGUGACUGCGGAGCACCAGAUCCCGGAUGGCUCUCGACCAAUCUGGGUAUCCUGACCUGUAUCGAGUGUUCAGGGAUCCACAGGGAGAUGGGGGUCCACGUCUCCAGGAUCCAGUCUCUGAGUCUGGACAGUCUGGGGACUUCAGACCUGCUGUUGGCUAGAAAUGUUGGUAACGCUGGAUUUAAUGAAAUACUGGAGGCGAACCUGAUGAGUCCGUCACUGAAGCCCUCCCAACACAGCCACAUGGCGGAGCGUAAAGACUUCAUCCUAUCAAAGUAUCAGGACGUUAAUUUUGUGAGGCGGAGCCACAGCUCAUCUGCAGCGCUGCGACUUGGCCUGCAGGAGGCGACCAAGAGCUGCGACAUCUACAGUCUGAUCCAGCUGUACGCUCAGAGAACGGAGCUCAGCCAGCCGCUGCACACACACAUACAGGAGAAAGGGGAGACGGCGCUCCACCUAGCUGUCCUAUUGGCCGACAGAACUUCACUGCACAUCCUUGACUUCCUAGCCCAGAAUUGCUCCAACGUGGACGUGCAGACGUCAGCAGGAAACACGGCGCUGCACUACAGCUGUCUGCACAACAAGAGCGACUGUGUGAGACUGCUGCUGAGAGCCCGGGCCAACACACACCUGAAGAACGAUUUAGGAGAGACCGCUCUGGACGUGAGUCGGAGGUUGAAGCACGGCCACUGUGAGGCGCUGCUGCAGCAGGCCCAAUCCAACCAGUUCGAGCAUCAUGUCCAUGUGGAGUACGAGUGGAGGCUUCGCCAUGAUGAUCUUUACGAUAGCGACGAUGAUUUUGACGACAAGAACGGUCCAGUAAAGAAGGAGCGCUCCUCCUCUUCCUCCUCCUUCACCUCCUCCUUCUCCUUCUCCUCCCGUCCCUUUAGUUUCAAUCAGUCUUCCUCCAUCACCCCGCCAUCCUCUGGAGCAGCUGGAGGAGGUCUGCUCAGUGUGGGGAGGAGGCUCGCCAUGGCUAUGGAGCUCCACAGCCGGCCCUCUGGCUCGGCCUCCAGCCCCCCUCCUCCGCCCCCAUCUUCCCCUGCACCUCCGCUGCCUCCCAGGGUCAAAGCUCCCAGUGUCCCUCCUCCUCCCCCUCCUGCUGCUGGGGAGGAAGGAGAGGAAGAGGGGGAGGUCUUCUUCCCCCUGAUACGAAACAGAAAGUCUACCACUCCCCCUCCAAUCGCAGUCCGACACAAGAGGAGCUGCUCCGAGUCCAGCAAGCAUGAUUACGGGUUGCCAACCAGUCCCAGGAUCUAUAGCGGCCCAGACUCCUCCUUUAAGAAGUGUGUUCCAUCUUCUCCUCUAGGCUCACUGGCUGAACGACCAGACAGAGGUUUUCGGAGGGCAGACAGUGAUAGUAGCUCCUCCCACUUCCUGCAGCUGGACAGUAAAGCCCCGCCCAACGGGUCUCCCACCAAUCAGCGCUCUCAGAGCUUUGAGAAUGACAGAAGAGGCCCCGCCCCCCAGCCACUUCCUCGCAGAUCAUUGCCUCGUGGUGCAAAGAGCCGUCGGGUUGAGGCGCUGUAUGACUGCCAAGCCGACCACCACGAUGAGCUGAGCUUCUGCGAAGGGCAGGUGCUGGUUGUCCUGGGACAGGAGGACAGUGAUUGGUGGCAUGGUUACAUAGAGGAUGAACCAGACCAGAGAGGUUUGUUUCCAUCCUCCUUUGUGCAGCUGCUGUUAGACUGACACCAACCUGGACUGAACCAGACCAGGACUGGUGCAUACCUUGGACCAGUACAGAUCCAGAUCACAUCAGUCAACUAGGAUCUCAGGAGAAUCAAAUCAGAACCAAACCAGAUCAGUACUGAGCAGCAGAAGCUGAACCACUGAUCUGCGAUGGACCAGGUCAGACAUUCAGGUUUUUGUUCUACUCCACCUCCUGGACUGGACUGAUCUGGUCCUGACCAGCUCCAGCAUCCUGCAAGUUUACAUGACCACGGCCUUCUGUUACCAUGGAAAGGUUACAGGUGACCUUUUAGUGAAGAAUCUAGACCAGAUUUUUGUGGCUUGGGUCAUGUGAUAAGGUUGCCAUGGAGACAGCCUUGCACACACUGAUCAACUAUGAUUCACUGCUGAUGCUGACAAUACUUUUAUUUAUUUAAAAUUAAAAAUAUUAUUUUAUUAAGCUUACAGAUGCCUGCAGGUCACUUCAAAAUCUGCUGGACUUUUAUUUUGAAGUUCAACCUAACAACUUUUUUUCUGCUCUAAUUUAUUUUUAUGUAUUUGUAAUGUUAUUGAUCCUGUGGCGACGCCACCACACAAGCGGCUUCUGUCCCAUUUCAGGCUCAGUCUCCUUGCAGGGGCAGGGCUCACACGGUCCAACACAUAACCAGAGCACAAAGGAUUGUAGGAUUCUGAAGACCAAAGGAUAAAUACCAGUUGUCUGCUCUAAAUUCAGGUGACAUCAGCCUGAAAUGGGACACAGCUGAUGCUUCCAGCUGCCUUUGAUGUCACAAGAUAUCGCAACGCCUCAGUAAGUACGGCAAUGUAUUGCUGCCACUAUUACAAAAGUAGUUUGCUCAAUUUCUCAGUAAAACAAGAACAUUUUCAAAUUAUUGCAAGAUACCUUCCAUGCAACAAUGACAUGUAACAAGAGACCAUUUACUUAAGUAAUGAACUGUGUGCUAAUUUGAGGUACUUUUACUAGACUUGAGUAUUUCCAUCUUAUGUAAAUUUAAAAUUUUUACUCCACUACACCUCAGAGGCAAAUAUUGUAUUUUACAGCUUUAGUUACUCUUCAGAUUACAACUUUUCAUACUCUUACUGUGUAGUGAAAACCAGAGGUGGAAAGUAACGAAUUACAGUUACUCGUGUUACUGUAAUUGUGUAGUUUCUUGUGUACUUUUUUAAGUCGUUUUUAUGAUCUGUAAUUUUGCUAUUACUUACUUAAGUAUUGUACUUCGCUACAUUUUAAAUCACAGCCGUUACUGAGUAAAAAACAAAUCAUGUUUGCGCAUGGCUCAAAGACAGGACUAACUGUGACUCUUGCUGCGGAGAGUCCCCAGUUAACUAAGUUAUGUAUACUCUAAGUAUUUUUUAAAUGAGCUACUUUUUACUUUUACUUGAGUAGAUUUUUAUACCAGUAGCUUUAUUUGUACUUAAGUAAAACUUCAUCAGUGUAACAGUACUUACUUAAGUACAAUAUUUUAGUACUCUUUCCACCUCUGGUGAAAACCACAUAUCUCCAAAUUUGGUGAUUUUGAAUGUGAAUCUUUCUGAUAAACUGAAGUAUUAAGUGUCCCUUUAUGAGGAUAUUAUCCUCCUUCUUAUGUUAAAUAAACUAUAAAUAAAUAAACCCCCUUGGAUUAGGUGGAAAUUUUGAAGUAAAGUUUUGAAUUGUAGUGGAGUAUUUUCAGUAUGGUAUUGCUACUUUAAGUAAAUAAUCUGAAUACUUGUUCCACUACUGCUUAUAACUUUGUCUUAGUAUAACACAUUUCCUAUUAUUGACAAAAUAGUAGCAUAUAUCAUUAAAGCCGAAAAUAUUUGUUUUAACAUACCAACUUCUUAAUUUCGUGACGAAAAAGGUCUAAUGAUAGAACAAGAUACAGUGAUAUGUGGUAAUAACAAAAGUUUCUUGUGGUAGGAAUAAUUUGGUGUCUAUUAACAUCGAGAAAAAAUAUCAUAACUUAACAUAACAUAUUAUACACGAAAGUGAGCGGAAUCUUUUUGUUAUUAUGGUGGCAGCAAUACGCCAUGAGGAACGUUUCCCAUCUGGGUUUGAUUGUGUCAACCUUUUACCUCCAGAGGUUUUGAUAGAAAAACAAAACUCAAAUUUUGUUUCAUCUUUUUUUAUUUAAUGAAAAAGGGACAGUGGUGGGUGUGUUGUUUUGAAAUAUCACAGUGCUUAUGUGUGUUUGGUAACUAUGAACGAAUUAAUUAACUGAUGAUCAGCAUGUUUGUUUGAUAAAAGAGAAAGAAAUCAAUUUCAUGUAACAGAGUCACAGUUUAAACAUGAAUGAGUUGAGUUAAAGCUAUGAUAACUGUACACACAUCUUGUUUGGUCAGUGGACGUGGCUCUGCACUAACUCUAAAGAUCAUACACAGCCGUUUAUGAUGGAAUUACCAGCAGCUGAUUGGUUGAUUUAAUCUGCCGGCAUUCUUAAAUAAUCUUUACAUUUCCUUACUGCAGGAAAUCUAAAAAGCACAACUUUGGAUUUAUACUCACAAGAAAAUUAUUAUUAUUUUUCCAGUGUGAGCAAGUGAAUGUUUUCACUAUAACUCAGUCUGAAAAUUCCAAAACCUUGCAUCCAGAUGUUGAGUCCAGCUCAGUACUCCAGAGGGCAGCUGCUCUGUCAUUUAAUGGCUGAAUGUUCCUCGUAAAUUGAUAAUUGCCAGCAGGAAGUUUUCUUGAAGCAGCCAACAAUGUGUUAAAACAAGCAACAGACGUGUCUGAUAAACCCACAGCUUCAGGUUACUCAGCAGUCAGGUUUAAACAGACCAUGCGACUUGUUCCAGGCAAACAGGGUUAAACUCUAAACUGCAGCCGAGCUAAUGACAGAGCAACAGCUGUCUGAUGAUGAUUCAGCAUUUAUGAUUAUUUAUAGGCCUCAGUCUGAUUCAAGCUAAGUGCCUUUAGGAUUAUGUGACGGCGUCCCCUUCUGACAGCUGCAUGACAGUUUUUUGUCAGGAGAGACUGACUUAAAAGUGUUCUCCUUUAGCCCCAUUUGUGUGAUCAAUACAGUGGGAGUACAAAGACACAGAGUUGUUGGACAGAGUUCAGGGAGAUGAUGGUAUGUAGCCAGGAGGAGUCUAUGAUGGUGGGCUUUUCACUCUGCCUUCUAGUGUGGCUAUUGGAAAACCUUCUCUGCGCUUAUCAUUGUACCGGCAAGUUUGUUUGAAGCAGACUGAGGUCUUUACUGAGCGAUUUCACACCGGCAGAUGGGUCUGAAUCUGGAAAUUAGCAGUUUUCCCAAUCCCAUACCUGAGUCUACCUGAAGUGGUAGUCUCAGUUUGGUGCCUGUUCAUUCAAAAACCAAUGUGUAAUCCAAUUUGUGAGAUAAGAAGGCUACCAUUUCAUGAUAUACUGCCAUUCUGAACAGUAAAUGACUUAAAGCAGAACAGAGGUUAGAGUGCUAAUAUACUAGAUUUUAACAAUUCAUAUAUCAACAAGCAGCUGCAUUGUGCAUGUGUGUGCAUGGGAGAUUAAAGAGUAUAUCCACAAUCUAGAUUAGGGCAAAUUUAUCGCUAGUCAACAUGAGAUUAUUUUCCUUAAAUUUUUUUAAACUUGUCUAAUAUUCAGUGCGACUGGGGAUGUGUUUAGUCUGUAAAUCUUAUUUUUUUCUUCCAAGAACCAACAACGUUGGCUAACAUAUCCGGCGCAUACACGUCGCUGAAAUAGAAGAUGCCGCUUACUAACACAACAGGUCAAGCAGCUAAAUCAGCGUCUGAAUAACUGAUCAUUUUGGGCAAUAGGGAAUUAUCUUUACCAAGUUAGAAUCUACACUAUCUGAUAUAUUUUUAAACAAAAUAUAUGACAAACAAUAUUUGCUUUUUUCCUUUUCACGCAAUGAAAAUGAGGCGAAAACCAAUUUGACAAAAACUUUGAAAUAUUUUACGAUUUUCUCAAUGCUUAAAAACAAAAUUUUAAUGUGAAAGAUGGACGAAUGGACAAAUAAACAGCAUCUUGUAGAUGUGAUGGAACAAGGAGUAGCCAUCAUGCAAACACAAAAGCACAGCUGAAAAAAAACUAUAGUGCUCUAAGAGGGACCAUCAUACUCAGAUUCAGACUCAAACUAGCUCAGUGUGAAAACGUCUUGUUACUCCUCAUUUUGUAAAGGAAGUCAAGCAUUCAGACAACAUCGAUUGACAAUCAGCAACAGUUUCUUUACAUUCACAGUGCAGGUGGGACAGCCCUCUGUACGCUGUCGUUUACCUUUAACAGAAAGCCCAGCAAUCAGCUGACUGACUCCUCUGUUACCUGCUGGACUGGUCAGUCUAUCUUCUUCAUAUGGUUGUUUUUUUGGUUGGACUUCAGAUUUUUUGGAAAGUACAUUGUGCUACAUCUUCCACUCAUCCAUGCACCGCACACACUGUUUGUUUGCCCUUGUUAAGUUUUGUUUAAUAAAUCUUAAAUCUACUUAAAAGUCAUGCACAUUCUCUUU